AUGUCAGAAGGAGAAACCGAUAUCCCCAUCUGGUGGUUGUUAAUCUUUUCCUUGAUACUCAUCGCAGGUCAGAUAGUUACCGGAAACUCUCUACAGAACGACAAAGAAGCCCUACUUCAACUGCAGACAUUUCUUCAAAAAAACAACCCAAUCCACAGAGGGAGAUACGCGGAGUGGAACAACAAUUCCUCCCCUUGUGAAUGGUCUGGAAUCACUUGCAGAGUCAAAGAUUCACGGGUCAUUGGAAUCAAUCUCUCCGACUCCAACAUCUCAGGCAAGAUGUUUGAUAACUUUUCUCAUAUGACUGAGCUUUCAGAACUGAAUCUCUCGAAGAACACGAUUGGUGGGCCCAUCCUUGAUUAUUUGAAUAGAUGCCAAAAUCUCAGAUAUCUAAAUCUCUCUGAAAAUAUCCUCGAAGGAGAGCUCAAUCUUACUGGACUAACUAGCUUAGAGACACUCGACAUCACAAACAAUCGAUUCUACGGUGGAAUUCGAUUUAAUUUCCCGACACUCUGUAACAUAUUGGUUACUCUAAACAUUUCGACAAACAAUUUCACAGGCACGAUUGAUGAUUGCUUUGAUGAAUGCUUGAACUUGCAAAAUCUCGAUCUCAGCGAAAACAAUUUCACUGGCCAGAUAUGGUUGGGGUUCCAGAGGCUACGAGAGUUCUCUGUGUCGAAUAACAGUUUAACCGGAGAAAUCUCUCCGUCGAUUUUUACUGAGAAUUAUUGUACUCUGCAUCUUCUAGAUUUAUCGAAGAACGACUUCUAUGGGUCAAUUCCAAAAGAGGUCUCCAAUUGCAAAAACUUGUUUUUUCUGAGCUUGGGAGAUAACAAUUUCACUGGCCUUACUCCAUCCGAGAUUGGAUUGCUACCUAAUCUUGAAACUCUGAUAUUGGGGAAGAACAGAUUAUCAAGAGAAAUUCCGGAAUCAUUGCUGAACUUGAGUAAGUUAGCAUUUCUUGAUUACUGUUGGAACAAUUUUAGUGGAGAUAUACAGAAAAUCUUUGGAAAAUUCGAGUCGUUAGAAUAUCUUAUACUGUAUGGAAAUUACUAUACGGGAGGAUUAACCACAUCAGGAAUUCUCAAGUUGCCAAAACUUGUUCGAUUGGACCUCAGCAUCAACAACUUCACCGGUCCACUACCAAUUGAACUCUCUGAAAUGCCAAAAGUGAAGUAUUUGUUCCUUGCCUACAAUCAAUUCAAUGGUAGCAUUCCACUGGAAUUUGGGAAUUUCUCUGCAAUCCAAGCACUCGAUCUCUCCUUCAAUAGACUGACAGGAAGGAUUCCUCCAACAAUCGGAAAACUAAGCUCUCUUUUAUGGUUGAUGCUUGCUAACAAUUCACUUACAGGGGAAAUACCUCACGAGAUUGGGAAUUGCAGAAGCCUGUUAUGGCUAAACCUUGCAAACAAUCGAUUAUCAGGGACGAUCCCUUCUGAGAUAUCAAAUAUUGCCCAAAAUCCUACUCCAACAUUCGAGUCGAAUAGGGAUGACAGUCGAGUUCCGGCAAGUUCUGGCGAGUGUCAGUCAAUGAAGCGGUGGAUUCCGGCGAAUUACCCACCUUUCAAUUAUGUGUAUUCUCAGCUAACUAUGAAGAAAUGCAGAAGAAUCUGGGAUUCGUUACUCAAGGGGUAUGGGAUUUUCCCAAUCUGUACAGCUAGUUCAUCGGUCAGAACAUUACAAAUCAGUGGUUAUCUCCAGCUCACAGGAAACCAAUUCUCCGGAAAGUUACCCCCAGAAAUCGGCAGGUUGCAGAAUUUCAGUCUCCUCCAUGUCGGAAUUAACAAAUUGUCUGGAGAGCUCUCACCUGAGAUCGCAAAUAUGCCUCUGAUGGUCCUGAACGUCUCUUACAAUGAAUUCUCUGGUGAAAUUCCAUCAGAACUCGGCAAAUUCAACUGCUUGGAGUACCUGGAUUUGUCCCACAACAAUUUCUCAGGCGAGUUCCCUGCAAGCUUGAACAAUUUGAGUGAACUGAGCAAAUUCAACGUCUCCUACAAUCCACUCAUCUCCGGCAUAGUUCCAUCAACCGGACAAUUAGCCACGUUCGAGAACGAUUCAUUCAUCGGAGACCCUCUGUUAAUUCUUCCAGAUUUCAUGAACGGCAACAUCAGCAGCAGCAAAGGAAAUCAUACCCGACCUUCAUCAAAAAAGGGAAAGAAAACAAGGAUUGUCGCUGUGUUCUUAGCCCUCACAUCAGCUUUCCUAGUUUGUGUGAUUCUGUCGCUCAUCAUCUGGAUUGUCUUUAAGAUCCAGGUAGAGCCUUCUGCAACGUCUCUGUUAGAGGAAGAGGUUCCCAGCUCCACUGGAUCAUCAUCAGAAACGAAGGAUUACGUCAACGUCAUCCACAAGACGGCAUUCACUUACGCCGAUAUAAAGACCGCCACCGAAAACUUUUCGCCGGAAAGAAUCAUCGGUAAAGGUGGAUUCGGUACUGUUUAUCGUGGCGAAUUGCCUGACGGGAGAGAAAUUGCAGUCAAGAAAUUACAUGGAGAAGGCUUCGAAGGGGAGAAAGAAUUCAAAACCGAAAUGGAAGUAUUGAGUUGCAGCGGCUGUGAGUGGCCGCAUCCGAAUCUGGUGACGCUUUACGGUUGGUGUCUUCAUGGAAAGGAGAACCUAUUGGUUUACGAGUACAUGGAUGGUGGGAGCUUGGAGAAUUUGCUUCCAGAUCGGACGAGGCUGACAUGGCAGAUGCGUUUGGACGUGGCAACUGACGUGGCACGGGCACUGGUUUACCUACACCACGAGUGUUUCCCAUCUAUCGUGCACAGGGAUGUGAAAGCUAGCAAUGUGUUGCUGGAUAAGGAAGGGAGGGCAUGUGUGACGGAUUUUGGGCUGGCUAGAGUGGUGGAUGCCGGUGAGAGCCACGUCAGUACUAUGGUUGCCGGAACGGUGGGAUACGUGGCACCGGAGUAUGGGCAGACAUGGCAAGCGACGACGAAGGGUGAUGUGUACAGUUUUGGGGUGUUGGCAAUGGAGUUGGCAACAGCGAGGCGUGCCCUUGAUGGAGGAGAGGAAUGUUUAGUGGAAUGGGCCAAAAGGGUUAUAAGGAAAGAUGGAAGGGAUGAUGAUGAUGAUGGGUUGGGCUGGAAUGUGUUGGUUCUUCUGGGCUUUGGGCUUGGUGGAGGUGCGGAGGAGAUGUGUGAGUUGCUACGUGUUGGUAUGCUGUGCACGGCGGAGGCUCCACAAGGUAGACCAAACAUGAAGGAGGUUUUGGGAAUGUUGGUUAAGAUUGGGAAGAGAAAUGGUGAUUAUGGUGGUUAUGAAUCUGCUUCACCGUCCCAAACUGUGGCGAUGGAGACCUUGAAAUUGUCCAUACAUUCAUGAGAGGUUAAUUUCAAUACUUUAUUAUUGUUUUCUAUUUUU